AUGGAAGCUCUUCUACAUAUUCCGGUGAGAGCAACAAGCAGAAAAUGUGACACUAUUUAUAAAGGAUUCGCUGACUGUCUAAUCAGCCUGGGCGACAGUAUGGCCCAGAAUGUCCAGCAAUCCAGAGUAAAUGAAGAGAUUGAUGACGCUGAAGAACUUGACUCCAUAUGCAAGUCCUGGGAUGAUUUUCACAAGUGUGCAAGCAGUGUCCUGAUCAACUGUCCUGAAGAUACAGCUGCCAUAUGGGAAUCCCUAAGGAAGGAGUCAAGAAAAAUUCAGUACCAGGGCAAUUUGCAUGACCUGUGCACUUCCAGGAAUCAGAAGUCAAAUAGUAUGGGGGCCAUGGAUGCUGGAGAAACAAACAAAGAAACCCUGCGAGGUUUAGCAUCCAUGACACAACAUAGCUUCCUACCAGUUGUUAUUGCUCCAGUACUGGUUUGGAUUGUAAUUGUAAAAGCAUUAUAA